AUGACUUCGAAGUCGAAAGUGGGAUUUCUGUCUCUUGCAGAGGAAUUGCAUUUUGACAUUUUGAGCUUCCUCCCCUACAGAGACAUUCUGCGUUGUACAUCUGUAUGUAAGGCUCUUCGCCAGACAUUCAUAUCGUCCUCUGAGCUUCAGUACAUCGUCGAACUCGCUGGUCAAGGGUUGCUACCUGUCCUCAAUACGGAAUUUCACAAGCAUGUUCCUAUUUCCAGACGCCUACAACUCCUGAAAGACAAUGCAUCUGCAUGGUUCCAGUUCAACUUUCGCCUAGUAUCUAUCCGAGAUCACCCUGCCAUCACACCAGCAUAUUUACAACCUCAGAGUUCGGAAGUAAAAAGAUUCUUUGUCGAUGAUCACCUCUACCUGUUCGAUGAAACCGAGCAAUUGGUUAAGAUCUUUCCAUUAGUGCCACAGUCCUCACCUCAAAUACACCGUGAGUGGACCCCAGAAUCGCUGCUUCCUGUUUCCGAUGCUGUUAUCGAUCAUGUAUGGAUCGACCCAGCACAAAACCUGAUCGCCAUCGCGUAUCGUACUGAUGAUGACGAUUAUCUUGAUUCUCUGAGCUGGCCCGAUCGCCCGUUCUAUAUUGACCUCAAAGCUCUGGACGGAGAUGGUGUCCACCCCCAAGCUGCUGGACAGACAUUGUUUCUAUCUGAACUUGAUGAUUGUCAAGACAGUAGUUUUAAGCUCCAGGGGCUCGGGAGGCAUAUUGCUAUCCAAUGUGGCUUUUGUGGCAUGUGGUGGUUGCAGAUCUGGGACUGGCAGCACUCAACAACAUCCAACAGUAUCAUCAGUUACACAUCAAGCGAUGACUCAGACGAAGACUUUUGUUUCCUCGGAAAUGAUAGAUUCCUGACCAUAAGCAACCUGAAUUUUAAUCUUUUUUUGAUUGAGGAUGUAUCCCAAAAACCGACAUUCCUGGCGAACUUCUUGCUGCCUAUAUCAGAGCUGAUCUACAUCGACUAUGUUGGUCCUACAGACGAUAUUGCUCAUGGCCCACAACUGCAGAUGGAAGCACAUCAAACACUAUGGACCUCAGAUCCUGAACAUCGAAUACUGUUCUUCGUCAUGAACCUGCACAGUGUAGCCUUCGCCGUUUCCACCAAAGUUUUCUUUGAUCUUGAUCCAUUUAAAGAGACAUUGGAGGAGAUACCUUGGGAACUGUGGGGCCCUCCAAACACCCGUGCGUUUAAUCCAGAAUCCAGCUUUGGCGUCGUCGGGAAUCGAGUUUUUCAGGCUGCCCGUGUAGUUGGUGCAACAGCAGAUGACGGCUCGGCUGCCACGGAGUAUCGUUUAUAUAUGAUGGACUUCAGCCCCUUGGCUGUUCAGCGCCGGCAGGGCCAAGGACGAGUGGUGAAAGAGCCAUCCACGAUAGUAGUGGAGAAUGAGUCGAUAACGACGUCCCUGCCCUAUGUCGAAGUGCUGUCGGAUGGGAAAUAUAGUGCUGAUGCACACGAUGUAGUGAAGAUAUGGGUCGACCACUACGAACUAUAUGUGCCUAGACUGGCGUCUCCAUCAGCUAUGAAUUGA